CUCUCUCUCAUUGAAUGCUUCCAUUGCAUGCUUGACGGGCUUCUCGAAGCUUAUACUGCCGUGUACACACCACACCACCAUGCCAGCUUGCUUAUAUAACUAACUAGAACAACACAUCCCACCACACACAACCUCCCUGACACACACCCUUACCCUCCCUUUUCACCACCAUAUGCUGCCUCCGCCGCCCGCCACAUCUCCCGACGGAGCCAGAGCCCAAGCCGUGUGGCGGAAUCGGCUUGGCUCCGCAUUCCGUACCGGUCUAGCAUGUGCUAUAGUGGGCUGUGUAUCCCUCUAUGGCCCACACCCUCUAAAAACCCAACUGACAUUCCCUGCUUUCUCUUACGUCACCGCCAUUCUCAUCGUCUCUGACGCCACCCUUGGCGAUGCCAUGAGGGGCUGCUGGCACGCCGCGUGCGCCACCGUCAUGGUGGUUCCGGCCGCCAUGCUCAGCUUAUGGGUAAUUGGACCCCAAAACUUCACGGCCGGGGUUGCGGCGGUUGCGGUGGCGAUCGGGUCGUUGGUGGUGGCGGUGCCGGAGUCGAUGGAGUUGAUGACAAAGAGGAUUGCGUUUGGGCAGAUAGUGAUUGUGUGUGUGGGAGCUGUGAUUCAUGGGAAGGAAAACGGAGCUGUUUUGGGACCGAUUCAUGUGGCUUCGAGUACGACUCUCGGAGCGUUGGCUUCUCUCCUGGCUUUGUUGCUUCCCUAUCCUCGGCUAGCUCACUUUCAGGUAAAGAAACUAUGUAGAUUGUAUGCUGAAAAUGCUUCACAGAGGAUUAAUCUGUAUAUGAAGGCCUUCUCUGCCCAAGACAACAUAACUGCAUUGGAUGCAAUCUCUCAAGCCAAGCCCUUUACAGAAACGGGAACCAAGCUUCUUCAGACUGUCAAACUUAUACAGGAAGGUGUACUGUGGGAGAGACCUCAAAUCAGACUACUGAAGCCCCAUUUCAUAAAUCCCGGAGUUCGAUUGCAAGCCAUGGAAAUCCCAAUCAGAGGGAUGGAAAUUGCGGUAACCUCUUCUCCUUCCUUUCCUGUAAGAAUCAUUGAAAAAGAGCUCAGUGAGGUUUUACUAGGAAUGGAACUACAAAUCGGCCAAAAACUAGAGCAAGCCAAGUGUUCUCUACCUUUCGAGGCAACGACAGCUCUGGAGGCAAAGGGGGAGAUUUUCAACAAGUUCCUCGAGUCCGUCCCAACCGUUAAUCUGAAUAUUGAGGAUCUAACUACUUCUUUCUUCCUGUUCUUGAUAAAGCUCCUCCAAGAUGACUUGACUAUGGCUGCAAAAACAGAAUGUAUCAUAGACAGAUCUAACAUUAAUGAAGAACCAAGAAUUACAUUAAAAGAAGCCAAAUGUGGCUUCAAAAGGAUCUGCAGUAAUUGGUGCGUAAGACGAUCUAAGAUUGAAACACUGACAUUUGCAGUCAAGUAUUCACUUUCUUUAGGUCUUGCAGUGUUCUUUGGUUUGAUUUUCAACAAAGAAAAUGGGUAUUGGUCGGGGCUAACCAUUGCCAUUAGUUUUACAGAAGGGAUGCAAGCAACAUUUACAAUGGCAAAUGCUCGAGCGCAAGGAACAGCACUGGGAUCAGUCUACGGUGUCUUGGGCUGCUUUUUCUUCCAAAAUUUUGAUGAAGCAAAGGUUUUAGCCCUUCUACCUUGGAUAAUAUUUAUCAGUUUUCUAAGACACAGUCAGAUGUACGGCCAAUCCGGUGCGGUUUCAGCAGUUAUCGGAGCAUUAUUGAUCCUGGGCAGGAAGAAUUAUGGCCCUCCAGCUGAAUUUGCUAUUUGUAGACUCACAGAAGCUUUCAUUGGACUAUGUUGUUUCAUCGUAGUUGAGCUUCUCUUGCAACCCACAAGGGCAGCGACUCUAGCAAAAAGGCAACUCUCACAGAGCUUGGGAAAACUUCAAGAAUGCAUUGGGGAAGUGGGUCUCUCUUCUGAUCCAAAAGACAAGCCUCCGAAAUUAAGAGAAAAGCAAGAGAAACUAAGAACUUGUGUCGAUAAAUUACAGAAAUUUGCUGGAGAAGCCGAGUUGGAGCCUAAUUUCUGGUUCUUACCUUUUCGGAUUGCGUGUUAUAACAAGCUGUUUAAGUCUAUAUCUAAGAUGGCAGAUCUCUUGCUUUUUAUGGCGUACAGAAUGGAGUUCCUAGUGGAAGCAUCACAGAGUUGUGGGCUUGCUUGGAAGGAGCUACAAGAACCCAUCAACAGUGAUCUAGAGCUUUUCAGGAAAAAUGUAAAUUCUUCACUGGAAUGUCUUGAAAAGAUCACUUUAAUCAAGUGCUUUGCAGUAAUCGAAAGAGAAACUCAUGGGAACAAAAUACACAAUGACCUUGAGUUGGGAAAAUCAUCAAAUACAGAUGAGUGUAGAAUGCAUGCAGACGCUGAGAAGAUUGUAAGUUCCUUCCUUCAGCACUCGAAGGAAGCAACGGACAAGAUCUGGGCUGAAAAAGGUGAGGAGAGACGUAAGAACGAAAUGGCUAUUUGUUUGAGUGCCAUUGGGUUUUGCAUCAGUGGCCUAAUGAGAGAAACAAAAGAGCUUGAGAAAGGAAUAAAAGAAUUGAUUCGGUGGGAGAAUCCUUCAAGACGCAUAAAUUUCUAUGAAAUAUCUGGUAAGAUCAAUGCUCUUUAUCCAGAGUAAAUUUAGCACCAUCACCCCCAUAAAGGGUCAUGAAACCAGGGCAGUAUCUAGAAAGGUGGCUGCUACAAAUUGUGCAAUAAAAAUGUGGAAAGUUUCCAGAUUCAACAAAUAGACACCAGGCUAGUCAAAAGAGAUUACCACACGUCUUUUCCCAAAAUGUGCAGUCACAAAAGGUGGUGAACAUCCCACUUGAAGAUAUAGCCACAGUGUCCCUGGCGCAGAGAGAUGGACAGAGACUGUAGCAUGCAAACUGUAAAACAGUAUGAAUAAUUGGAUAAAUUUUUUAAAAUGUUUAUAUUGUUAAUGUAUAAUGUAAUGUAUAAUAUAUAUAAUGUAUAAUGUAAUGUAUGAUAUAUAUAGUAUAAUAUAUUAUAGGACAAAGCAUAAGCAUAGGAUUCUUUUCUUUUUCUUCUUUCGGUUGUAAAGACCAAACACCACUCACACACUUUCAUUAUUAUGCAUAACUUUUGUCUUCUCCUUU